UGCCUCUUAAACUUGUUUCAAAAUCCUUCACUGUCGCAGUUACAUCCCUUUCAACUUCUCACUUUUAGGGUUCAAUUUCUUCGAUGGUGCCCGGUCCUAAUCGUUCCGAUAACAACGGCGCCAAAGACGACACCGUUGCAAGGAAGAAGGUCAAGAACGAAGAUUUGGUGAGUUCAAAAGCCUCCCUUCAAACUUUCUCUCGUAUGUUCUAGACCGCAAAUUUCUACUCUGCUUUCUCUUGCAGCAAAAUGAAAAUCGAUUGUGGUAAUUUGUGCAAUCCGACGAGAAUUUGGCUCUGAAGCAGCAACUAGAGUUGUACGUGGAGUCUCUUGCAGCAAAAUGAAAAUCGAUUGUGGUAAUUUGUGCAAUCCGACGAGAAUUUGGCUUUGAAGCAGCAACUAGAGUUGUACGUGGAGAGGGUUCAGGAUCCCGACCAGGGAUUGCAGAAGGUUGCACUGGAGAGCAUGAGAAAUUCAAACUUCGACGAGUUCCAUGACUUCAGUUCCUUAGCCAUUGAAGUUUCCUCGCCCUCAUUAUGGCACUCUUAAGGCGUAUUACGAAACUAUGGGGAAGUCUGAUUUGAAGAAGUACCUGAUGGACAUUUUAUUGGUGUUGGCCCUCACAAUGUCUGCUGAAGGAAAACGAGAUAAAUUAAUGACCGUUUCAUUAGAUUCUUCAAGCAGUGGUUCUUUUGGAAAUUGGAUUUUCAAAAAUAAGGAACAUGGGGAGACUAGUGCUGCGGCUAGUCUGGUAUGCAUUUUCUCAUUGAAUGAGUUUACCUUAUCCACAGGUUCCUCUGGCGCUUGGUCUACUUUGUAUAUCGAAUCCAAAGGGCGGCAAAGUGGAGAUAGUGUAACGGAGACAUAUGUCCGUGGUAGUGAGCUUCAAAUUCCAGAUUGUACUGAUUAUUUCAUGGAAAAUUUGCAAAGGCUAUCUGACACAAAUUAUGUUCCAACAAAGUGGAUCACCGUAGUUCGAAAGCAUGCAGAAGUGAUUGUAGAUGAUGAUGUUAUCUUUUCUGUCUUUAAGAAAUAUUGUAAGAGACGUCCACCAAUUGAUACUAGAAAGGGAAAGCUGAAUCUUGUAUGAAAGAAUCUUCAACAUUUUCAUUAGAAAAUUUGUUAAUUGAAUGAUCACCAUUGAUCACAAGAGACGAAGAUGAAGAUGACGAAGCAGAUGAAGAUUAUCAUGUUUCAUUAUAAUAUGAAAGCAUUGAUGAGUCCAAUGAAGAUAAAAUUGAUGAUUGUGAAGCAUCUGAUAAUGAAGUGGAGUCGGAUGUUAUUGUUAAUAGUCCAAUGGUUGAACCAAUUUUAAUUUAUCCAUCUACUGAAGGGUGUUGAUUUGCGUCCACAAUUUUUUGCGGAGGCUAGUCAUCCACCAUCGCAACCACGUGUUUGGAGAAACCCUCAAAGGACAAGAGAACGACCACGUCGAUGUAUUCUGACUCUUGGUAGUGUUAGAGGUCAUAAUCAUGACGAAGAUCAGGAUGACGAUGAUGAGUAAACAUUUUAUUAUUAUAAAUAAUUACAUUAGUUUUGAAAAACGCUAAACAUGCUAAAAACUUAUAGACCGAUCAUCAGAGUUAGACGGAAAAUUGCGCUUGUUGUGACCUUCUUGUUUGCAUAUGCUACAUUUUUGUUGUCGUCGUGAGCUUUCAAUCCAAUCCUUCAUUUCUAAUUCUUGUUGAUUUUGGUCGCCCUUUCCCAUGCACAGAUGUUGGAUCUGGGACAAGUAUCCAAUCUUCAUUACUCGGAGGGAUUAAGUCUUCAUUUUCGAUCGGUUCCCACUGACUAGAGUAUGCUUUUAAAACAUAAUCAGUUGUAUAAACUAGAUCUAUAAACUGGUAGUAAUCAAUGCUAACAACACCACAUGCAGUUAUAACAUGAGAACAAGGAUAAUGAAAUGCUGUAAACUUUUUGCAUUGACAAUAUCGUUCCUUUAAAUUUACUACCCAUUUCUUUCCCCCUGUUUGUCUUAUUGGAUCAAAUGCCUCUUCAACCUCAAAUUUUGAAGAUUGAAUGUCAUAUCUACAAACUUGGUAGAAACAAGCCUCUUCUUGAUUUUUUUGCAAAGCUUCAACCAACUUUGAAACGAAAACUUUCCCAGAUGAAACAUCGGUAAACCGCGACUACCACGAUUACUAAAAUACUCAGCGCACCUGGUAUAAGUCAAUGAAACUAAUGCAGUGAUAGGCAGAUUUCUACAAUCCUUUAAAACCUUGUUAACACAUUCAGACAAAUUUGUUGUCAUGUGACCAUAUCUUCGACCAUUUGCAUCAUAUGUCAUGCUUCAUUUGUCUUUUGAUGUCCCUCUUAUCUACCUUUCAACAUCAGGGCUAGAUUUACAAAAACUUUGCAAAUUAUGAUAAAAAAUAUGUUUACACGGUGUAUACCCUGCAUACAAAUUAUCAAAAUGCACAAUAAAAUUUUUGAAAUGAUUAAAAAAUUUAAAAUAAGCUUUCUUACCUAACUUCACAAGUUGUUGUUUUAGUUUCACAUCCUUGAAUCGAUUAUUAAAAUUACUUGCAAUGUGCCUAAUGUAAUACUUGUGAUAUGUAUUUGGCGGUCUCUAACCAAGUGUCUCAUUGUCAAUGACCGAUUUAAUGCUACGAUGUCGAUCAGAAAUUAAACAUAUUCCUUGUUUAUUUGUAACGUGUAAACGCAAAUGAGAGAAGAAUCACGACCAUGUAAGUAAUGUUUCUUUUUCAACCACAACAAAUGCAAGAGGAAAAACGUUGUUAUUACCAUCCUGUGUUGUAGCAAUGAGCAAUGUACCUCGAUACUUGCCAUAUAGAUGAGUGCUAUCAACUUGUAUCAAGGGUUUACAAUAAUUAAAUGCAUCACAACACAGUUUGAAUGUCCAAAAUAAUCUGUGAAAUUGACGGUAACAACGAUUACUAAUAAAAAACACAUCAUGACACAGAUCAUAAAAUGAUCCUGGUGCAAUUUUUUUCAUGUAUUUAAGCUAUCGAGGUAAAUAAGCAUACGAUUCUUCCCAAUUUCAAAAAAUUUUAACAAUUGCUUUUUGUUUGGCCAUCUAAUCCUUUCUAUAAGAUAUUUUAAACCCAGUUUGAGAUGUUAUUCUCUCUUGGAUAAGGCUAAUCUUAAUUGCUGGAUCUUGGUUAACCAUUCCUACAUAUUAAAUAUUAGUAAUGAGUAAGAUAAGUUAUUAUUAAUAUAAACUAUAAACUUUGCAGAACUUACCUUGUAUAAAUGAUGCGUUUAACUCAGAAUCUAACUUAUCAUGAUCUUGUGACAAAGACAUGUUCAAACAUGUAUGACAUCCAAGCCUUUUUAUAAGAUAUUUUAAACACAGUUUGAGAUGUGACUUUCCACUUAUCAUAUUUCUUUGACUCAAGGGUUCUCAUGUACCAUCCACAUCCAUCAUGUGCAUUUGGACAUCUAACAACCCACUUGGUCUUUUCGACUCAACCACAUAAAAUUUUUGAUGCAUUCUCAUUGCAUUUUGCUUUACUGCAUUUUUAACCGCAUCUUUAUUCUCAAACUCCAACCCCACAUAUAAAUCUUGGCCAAUUGACCAACUAUUACGCAGAUCCAUCCCUGGAUAUCUUCUUCAUCUGGAUGAUUCUAAUUGAUGUUAGUGUAGUGAGGUAAAUUACCCCAAAAUUGACUUCCACCUAUUUUAAUAAUAAUAAAUAUAAUAAUUUCAAUAAAAUCAAUUUCAACAACUUUUUUUAAACAAAUAACACAUUAUUGACAAAUUUAAUUUUCAGAUAUUACCUUCAGUAGAUGGAUAAAUUAAAAUUAGUUCAACCAUUGGACUAUUAACAAUAACAUCCGACUCCACUUCAUUAUCAGAUGCUUCACAAUCAUCAAUUUUAUCUUCAUUGGAUUUAUCAAUGCUUUCAUAUGAUAUUGAAACAUGAUAGUCUUCAUCUGCUUCUUCAUCUUUGUCUCUUGUGAUCAAUGAUGGUCGUUCAAUUGACAAAUUUUCUAAUGAAAAUGUUGAAGAUUCUUUCAUACCUAUUUCAGCAUAUAAUUCCAUUAUUAGUAUCACAUUCUGGCUUUGAAAUGCUUCUGUCAUGCAUUAUACACCAUCAUCGUCACUCAAUUUCAAUGAAGAAUAUAUGCUGUCAUCAUCUUGUGAAACUAAAAAUCUGUAACUUACAGAUAAUAUCACUUGAUUUGACUUAAGACCAAAUUUGUUGUGAAUCAUUCUCUUUAAUAUAUCCAGAGUUAUACCUUGUUUAAUAUACAUUCCUUCUCUUGGUCCAUCAAAUGUUACACCUUGAGAACCUUCAUACAUCUUUCCAGUGUAAAUAUAAGCAAUAAUUUGAUUCA